CCUACUUCUCCUCUACCGAAACACACACCGCCUUCUCGCUGUACCAACACACACGUGCACUCUACCCCGAUUCGCAGCACGUCUUCCUCGAGGACGGGGGAUUCCAACUCUCCGGCUUCCUCCUAGCACAUGGACAUUUAGCGACAUCCCUUGAGGGGGGUGAAGAAGCCUUUCGCAGAGUGGAGCAUGUCGAUGGUGGGUACGAGCGGGAGGCGAGUGUGAGGACUGUGCUGCGGGACGGCAGUUUCACCUUCUGUCAUCGAGGCACGGACUUCCGCGUGCACUGUGCGAGCUGGAUGUACCCUAACGGUAUGCGCACCAAGAGCUUCCAGUUUGUGUUCCAGGGAGAGGACGACAGGAAGGGAAGAGAGCUGGUCAAGGAGGUAUAUGAAUGGUCGGCGAUGUUAAAGGACGAGAUUUGGGUGUUUAGUCAAGGGCAUUGGGCGAAGGAUGGAGCAUUGUGGAGGUCUAUUCAGAAGGCUCAGUGGGAUGACAUCGUCCUCGACGAGAGCCUUGUACGCCGUCUGAAAGCGAACACCACAACGUUCUUCGCUUCCAAGUCGAUCUAUCAAGCACUCAACGUCCCCUGGAAGCGGGGCAUCCUGCUUCUUGGUCCUCCCGGAAACGGCAAGACGCAGACAAUCCAAGUGCUUUUGAAGGACGCGAUUGCGAGCGGUCUCCGGUCCUUGUAUGUUAAGAGCUUCGAAGGGCAGAGGGGUGCGGAGCAUGGGAUUAGGAUGAUUUUCGAAUGGGCGAGGACGCAGGCGCCGUGCAUCGUGGUGUUGGAAGACUUGGACGCCAUGGUCACGGACGAAAUCAGAUCGUUCUUCUUGAAUGAGCUGGAUGGCUUGGAACGUAACGAAGGAAUCCUCACGCUCGCUACUACCAAUCAUCCUGAGCGGAUCGACGACUCGAUCCUGCGUCGUCCUUCUCGGUUUGACCAGAAAUAUACUUUCUCCCUUCCAACCGUCGAGCUCAGGGAGCGGUACGUCCUCAAAUGGCUGGGGAAGAUUGAGAGUGCCGGGAACAUCACUUUCCCAGGGAAGACCAACGAGGAGCUUGCAAAAGAAGUCGCGGACAAGACCGCUGAUUGGAGCUUCGCCUUCCUCAAGGAACUUUUCCUGUCCUUCCUCCUCCGGUCAGCGAGCGAUCUUUCAUUCGCAGAUUCUGCAGCAGCAGAGGAUAGCAACAAGACUUCGGCGGAAAUACUCAUGGAGCAGGUUGACAUACUCGGCGAACAAGUGUCGAGAGGCGGGCUGCCGAUUGGAAGCCACCCACCUGCCCCAACGAUUAGAAAGGGCAUGGCCAGAAUGACUCUUUCGCCGAGGAUAAUACAGGGCGCAGCUUCUACCUAAACGCCAUGUUUCGUGGGUAGUUAAUACUUCCAUAGAGACUUGAAACGAAGAUAAC